AUGGCAGUGUCUAUGCCCAACAGCAUUCUCCCCGGCCCAUGUAAUGACCGGCUCCCCACAAGCAUAGCCUCCUAUUUGCCAGCAUUUCUGCCCCAUGUUAACCCCUACCUGGGCCUCCUGCCCAAUAACCCCAAUGACUUGUUCAAUCCUCUGAAGUCUUUGGGAAGACUGGUCACCAAAUCUUCCCCCCUGGGGCCCAUUCAUUUCAGGGACAUCUCCUCCAUCCUCGCCCACAGUUCUCCAGCAGUUGAGCCCCAAGUCCUGGACAGAGAAGCUUUGCAGUUCCCAGAAGGACUGACGGUUCUGAAAACGAAAUAUGGAGAAUUAGCCAAGUCCGGGGUAUUCAGUACAAGUGUCAUCCCCAAAGGGGUCAGGUACGGCCCAUUCCAGGGGCGAGUGGUGAACACCAGCGAGAUCAAGACCUAUGACGACAACUCAGUGAUGUGGGAGAUUUUUGAGGACGGCAGGCUCAGUCACUUUAUAGACGGGAAGGGGGCAUGCGGUAAUUGGAUGUCGCUUGUGAAUUGUGCCCGAUUCCCAGAGGAACAAAACCUGAUCGCGGUUCAGUGUGAGGGAAACAUUUACUAUGAGACCUGCAAGGAGAUCGCCCCCGGACAGGAGAUGCUGGUCUGGUAUGGAGACUGUUAUCUGCAGUUCCUGGGCAUCCCUGUCAGCCUCAAGGGCAUGGAUGAAGGCAAAACUCCCUUCCAGCAGAUUGAAGAACCUGGAGAGGGAUUCAAGUGUGAGAGAUGUGGUAAAGUGUUCGCCUAUAAAUAUUACCGGGACAAGCACCUGAAGUACACCCGCUGUGUGGACCAGGGGGACAGGAAGUUUCCCUGCCAUCUGUGUAAGAGGUCCUUUGAGAAGAGGGACAGGCUGAGGAUCCACAUCUUACAUGUUCAUGAGAAGCACCGACCACAUAAGUGCACAGUGUGCGGGAAGAGUUUCUCCCAGUCAUCUAGUCUGAACAAGCACAUGAGAGUUCACUCCGGUGAAAGACCUUACAAGUGCGUCUAUUGCAACAAGGCAUUUACAGCUUCCAGUAUCCUCCGCACCCACAUACGGCAACAUUCUGGAGAGAAGCCCUUUAAGUGCAAACACUGCGGCAAAGCCUUUGCAUCCCACGCUGCACAUGACAGCCACGUGCGUCGCACACACGCCAAGGAGAAAGGCUACAGCUGCACCAUGUGUGGACAAAACUUCAUGGAGAUGGAGGAAUUUCGGUAUCACAUGCAGAUUCAUUCCGCUCUCUAAGCCGUCUGCCUCACUCCCCACCUGCCUCGUUUAGACUGUGCCAAUAUAUUUAAUUUCCUUAUUUUAUGUUAUUAUUAUUUAUAUUAUUAUUGUUAUUAUUAUUUAUUAUUAUCAUUCAGAUACUUGUCAUAUAAUGGACACUUUAUGUCACUUAAAUCCCGGAACAUAACACUUUUCGUUGACUCAAUCUGGUUUGAGAACUAGAUGCUUUUAUUUAUUAAUUCAUUUUUUUUUAACUUAUGCAUUUUGACAAGGACAAUGUCUUGUAUAUACUUAUGUGUUUGUUAAAAAUAUACAGAUUAUAUUGAGUUUACUGCGGCAUGAUGUGUUUCCAUUCAGAAUAAGUAAGA